AUGGGGUCAAUAUUGUCAAAAAACCAGUUUCCCGUGGAGGGCAAGACUGUGAUUAUCACCGGUGGCUCGCGAGGUAUGGGGCUUGCGGCUGGACGUCAGCUCGCUGAAAAGGGGGCCAACGUCGUGAUUGUUGCUCGCGACCAGGAAAAGCUACUUCAAAGUCUCGAAUACAUACAACAAGGAGCUAUAAACCCUCAAACACAGCGCUUUCUCCAGAUCAGCGCCAACUUGAUCAAUCCAUCCGAAUCUGUACGCGUCAUCGAUCAGGUACUAUCGUGGAACUCGGGCAAACCUCCAGACAUCGUGUGGUGUUGCGCAGGCAGCUCGUACCCAACGUUAUUCAUUGACACGCCCCUAUCCGAAUUUCAGACUCAGAUGGAUAGCAACUACUUCACGAGCCUGUAUAUGGCACAUGCAAUCCUGACAUGCUGGCUGAAGACAUCGCGAAAGGCCGUCGACGAUGUUCGAACAAAAAACCCACCGCCCGCACGCCACCUCAUAUUUACCGCUUCUUUCGUAGCAUUCUACAGUUUCGCCGGUUACACGCCGUAUAGCCCGUCCAAGGCCGCAGUACGAGCUCUUUCCGACAGCUUGUCUCAAGAGAUGAACCUAUACGCCGCAGCCUACCCAAACGAACCGCCUGUCCGGCUCCACACCGUAUUCCCCGCUACUAUAUACUCAGAGGCAUACGAGGCUGAAAAUCGCAUCAAGUCUGACCUGACCAAGAUGCUUGAAGAAGGGGACGAAGGCCAAACUCCAGAGGUCGUCGCUGCGAAGAGCAUCGAGGGACUUGAGAGUGGGCAGGAACUUGUUACAACUGACUUGUUAACAGGGCUAGUAAAGCGUAGUAUGCUGGGAGGUUGCGUAAGAGGAGGUUUCUGGAGAGUGUUGGGUGACUGGUUUCUGGCAUGGGUUUUAGGUAUUGUGAUGGUGUUCGUCAGGGAUGAUAUGGAUCGAAAGGUGAGGACAUGGGGCCGAAAGUUCGGCACCUCGGGGAUGAAGCAAACUGAUAAACAUGCCUAGGUUUGAAGUAACAGUCAUACCAUCCAACGAGUUCCGUUUGUGCUAGUUAUUAAUAUUCGUGUUCUGGCUUCCCCAGAAUAUAAUCUUUAAUAUAUGAUACCUUUUGGUUUGAGCCUCGUCAUAGUUAUCAAGGCUAGCUCCGUGACAAAACAUUUACCCCGGGGAAUAUCGAGUGCUUGUAAACGACGUACUAAUAUCCCGCAGAAAGACCAUAAGCGUAUCAUGACAGCGAUAGUAGCAACGAUGGACCCCACCAAAACGAGGCUACAUCUGGUGGAUCCAACGCGGGCCCGUUGAGAAGCUGCUCCAUGGACGGCACUUAGUCUGUGGAAGACAUAACAAAGUGUUCAUCGGAGAAUGUGAAGAAGGGUUAAUUUAUAAUGCAAAUGUCAGGUAG